AUGAAGACUACAUUUGCCAUAGCAACAUGCAAUUUUGAGCCAUCAGAAGUUAAGUACAACAGGCAAGAAGUGAUAGUUCCUUGUGAUUUCAUUCCCUUAAUAGCUGGAGAUAGAGUGCGCAUAAUAGAAGAGAAUGAUGGUUGGUGCUUUGGCUCGAAGCUGAGUAAUCAACGAGAUGUUGGUCUUUUCCCCGCUAAUUAUGUAAAAAAAGGUUUCGAGCCUGAAUUGGUUGACUCUGAUACUGAAGGUCUUAGUAUUGUCAAAGAGAUAUACCGAGCUGUACAAAUAUGGUGGUCAAGACUAAAGGAACUUUAUGCAAAACAAUCUGAUCUACACUAUCUCGAUGAAGUUUUAGACAAAAUUGAUGAUUUACUUGCUGCUAGAAAGCAAAUUUUAUCAGGCGGGGUUCCUGAAGAACAACUCAACAAUAUAAGGAUGGCCAUUUCCAAAAAAAUGGACAGAGUGAACUUAUUAUUGAGUCUUAGCGUUACUAUACGUGAAGAAACUGGUGUUCCCUAUGAUCCAGAAAAGAUUUCUGUACUACAAAACUACAAAGAACAUUCAAAUGCAGAAAAAAUAGUUUCGACGGAUUGUUCGGACGUUGAUGAGAAGCUUGAUGCUUUCUCAACAAUGAUAUCCGUACAGUCUAUUGAGUUGAAUACUACUUACAAUUGUGAGAUCUGUUUCACAGUUUUCGACAGCGAGAAAAAAGUUUUUGUCAGUGAAACAGUAACUUUCCCCUGGAAAGGAAAAGAUAACAAGAAGAACUUGCGUAAUCGGAAUUUGCAGGCACUUUUCUCGGGAUUUAACCGUUCCGACUGUAGUCGAAAACUGUUAUUAUUGUGUCGUAUUGUACAAAUUGCCCCUAUAGAGUUAUCAACCAUGAGGAAAAAUCCCGAUAUGGAAGCUGCUCAUUCAUUUUGCCGUCAAAUUCUCGCGUGGUCUUUCUUCGACUUGGGAGAUAUUUUCGAUAAUCUGCGUCCAUCUAAUGAACCGAAAGAACAUUUAUUGUUUAUGAGCCGAGUUCAAAACUCAGAACAAGUUUUCAAAUCUUUGACCAUACCCGUUGAUAAGUCUGCAGAUGAUAUUCGUAUGUUAAUUCUAUCACAAGUUUAUCGUGGUAACGCAAAUGAUGUACAAAUGAAGUAUCCUCAUUUGUUCUCUCGUCACCCCCUCCUGGUUUCCAAAAGAACCGAUGUAUAUACUUAUUUGGAUGAGAGCCGUAACUAUUUAUAUGCUACCUUAACAUCUGGUGAGCUAACCAGUAAAUCUUCUGAUAGGAACGUCGAAGCAAGAGUUACUGUACUGGAUAGUAAUGGCGAAGUCGUGGCAAAUUGUAUUGAGAGUGUAACGCAUAAUGAAGGCGACAGUCCCAGCAAUAAUGGGCCGGUUUCAGUUUCUGAGUUUCGUAGUAUGGUGUACUAUCAUGAAGAUAAACCUUUCUGGUUUGAGCAACUCAAAAUUCGUCUACCUGAGGCCUCCUCACAAGAUGUUCAUCUACGGAUAACUCUACACUCCCGGAAACAAUAUGACAAAGGCCCCUUUGCUCUUUCAUAUUUUCACCUUUUACAUAAUUCCACACUCGUCAAGAAUGAUGAACAAGAAUUGCUUGUGUAUAAGAUUGAUAGUUCACAGUAUAGCCCGAGAAGUGUUGCCUAUCUCAAUCUGCCUUCUUCUAAGAGGCUCCUGAGAGAUUUGGGAAACUCAGCUUCCAAACCACAUUCCGCUGCUUUUACUCUAAGUGAAAAAAGCUUGAUCAAACUUUCAACUUCGAUAUGUUCCUCUAUAUUGUCACAAAACGAAGAUGUCGUCAAUGUGUUGAGAUGGAGAAAUAACCCUUACAAUCUUGCGAACUCCUUGAGCAAGCUCUCCACUCCCGUUGGUGAAGCCGAAAAUGAAAUGGUUAGAUUCUUCAGUCCCCUUCUCGAUGCUCUUUUUGAGAUAUGGGAUGAACGGGAACAAUUGGAACUACCUGUUUUUGAUGUUAUUGUGAGUCUGUACCGUUUAGUAGAAGAACCUCGAAAUGUCAAAUGCAUCAAUGUUUUGGAAAAGUAUAUGGACAGAUUCUUUUUUCCAACCGCAGUCUUGAAGUUGCUGAAAUGCUUAAACCAUUAUAUUGUUAGUGCUUCCACGAGUAAUAACGAAAAAACUAGGAACUCUUUGAAAGUUAUGGGAAGGAUUUUCAUAACUAUCGUUUGCUCAAUGAAGUGUGCAAGGAGGUUUCAGUAUAGCUUGUACUGUCCUGAAACUAUUCGUUCACAUUUGGAAAGUGUUCUGUCGUCGAUUGUCGGAUUGAUGAGUGAAGCUCGUGAACGCAUGGCAAUCCAAAACACAGCUUUGAAACAUUUACCCAGCAUAAUCAACCCUAUACUUGGUAGUGGUGCUUAUGAACCUGUUGAGCUUUGUAAUGUCUUACUGCGUGUUCUCAACGGAUUCGGUAAGAACAUUGUCGCGAGAGAGCGCCUAGGGUUUGUCAGUCAACUUAUUGACACUCAACUGUUCGAGCAUUUUGCUUGUCGUCAAAUUCUUCUUCCUAAUUGUAUAUCUCUUCUCUUAACUCACUUAGAGUCAGACUCUGAUGUUCGCGAAUACCCUGAAAGGGCACUGGAAUGUGUGCAAAUCAUAUCUAACUUAAUUGAAAGAUUAUUCCCAUUAACUACUCCUCGAGAUAGUAUCGGAGCGUUAGGCACUGAUGAUGAGCUGAACUUGGUACUGGAAAAUCUAUACCGACCUGUGGUACGCGCAAUGGUUCAGGUCGAAAAGUUGGAGGGAUCGCUGGAAUACACUAGAGGAAAAUUUUUCGCUUUGAUUCUAGCCAUGCUAAACAAGAUGUCGGCUCAAAUUUUCGAUAGUUAUCUACGUAGCAGACCGAGUAUAAUAGACAAAAUGGAUUUUGUUGUUGAAAUGGUUCAGAUGAUCAGAGAUUUAUUAAGCAAAUGCCCGUUCCCCUCCACUUGGCAGCAAAUGAUUAUGAUACAGAACAAAACUAUUAAUAAGUGCCUUCGGUUCAUAAUGAGUUCGUCAGUCCAGUCAUAUUUUGCUCGGGAUUGCUUUUAUGCUCAGGUAUGGGAAGAAUAUAUGAGAACUGUUGUGUGUUUCGUAACACAACCUGCUCUUCAAAUCAGUGAAGAGUGGUUGAGAGAGGAUUCGGACCCAAGAGUUAAACUAAGAAAGACAGCGGCGGAGGAGCUACGAUCUGUGUGGUUUAUGCUAACUACUCGGCAAAAAAUGGAAUAUAUACCGAAAAUGGUCGGACCGUUUCUCAGAGUCGCCUUAAUAGAGGAUGAGAAAAUUCGAGAUGCAACCAUUCCAAUAUUUUUUGACAUGAUGCAGGCAGAGUUUCAUUCCAACAUCGAUUCUGCAAAAGGAAUGAAGCUGUUUUCUGAUGAGCUGAUUGCCCAGUUAGACUUUUUAAUUAAUGAGAAUUACGGGUCGAGAACUUUCCAGGAAAAGUUCACAAAGAUCUUAACGCAGCAGUGCAAAUCCGACAAAGAUUUGUGGAAAGGAGGAGGCCAGGACUUGAUUCAACGCGUGGAUGUUCUGCUCAAAUAUCUGCUUGAGUAUCGCCAAGUUCACGAGACAGAAGACUGUGCUGAAAAUGAUAUGAGCAGAACAUAUCAACUUAUGCGUUAUUACGAACAAUACGAACACCAAGAGCUCUAUGUUCUUUACGUUUAUAAGUUGUAUGAGUUGAAUAUACAACAGAAUAAUGACAUCGAAGCGGCGAAAACAUUACAGCUACAUGCGAAGCUGCUAUCAUGGGAAGAUGCCGAACUACCCGAAUGGCUUGUGGGUCACAAUUUAAAUCAACACUGUGCUACUCAACGACAGUUGAAAGACAGACUAUAUUGCGAAGUAGCCGAUCUAUACAGUAAUGGUCAGAUGUGGGAAGAUGCAGUGGAAGUUCUUAAAGAACUCAUUCCCGUUUAUGAGCAGAAAUACGUUGACUAUAAUCGCCUAGCUCUUCUAUUAGAUCGAAUCGCCUCGAUGUAUCGAAAGAUCGCAUCUGAAUCCCGGGUGUUCUUCUAUUACUAUCUAGUUGGUUUUUAUGGGAGAGGUUUCCCAAUAUAUCUCAACGGUCACAGAUUUAUUUUCCGCAGUAAUAGUUUGGAGCGUCUUCCCGAUUUUCUGGAUAGGAUGAAACAAAUUUAUGGUCAUCCAGAAACAAUUCCUUCAAUGGAUGAUUCAUCCGAUUUGGCAAAUAAACCAGGAAAAUACAUCCAGGUCUUCAAUGUAGAUCCAAUAUGUGGGCCAUGUCCAUUUGACAGUGUUCAAAUCAAUCCUUCUAUAAAAGACUAUUAUCGACAUUAUAAUAUCUCCCAUUUUGAAUAUAGUCGUUUGACAGAAAAACGAGGCUCCAAAUGGACAUCAAUAGAAGAUAAUGAUGUGAUGAGAACCUGGAUUGCUAAAACGAGAAUUGGGACAACUGAUAGUCUACCAUCUGUGCUUAGAUUCACACCAGUGAUUUCAAACUCGGGUCAAGUUCUCAUAUCACCUCUACGUUGUGCAGUUGAUCAAAUGAAACGUAAAAAUGAGCAGCUAUAUGAAACUGCUGUUCUCGUUUUACAAAACUCUACUCCUGACGUCAAAAAAAUCACUGGAGAGAUUAUGGGUGUCGUGCAGGCUAAUGUACAGGGUGGCAUUAGAAACUAUCUUGUGUUUUUCUCUGAUAAGAGCUCUCAAGUUUAUGAAUCCGAAGAUAGACAGUUGGCCUCCCGCCUGCAUGCUUUGAUAAUAGAACAGGUUGAAAUCUUAGAGUUUUGCUUAUAUGCUCAUGCCACAAGAGCGGACAUGUCAACCCUUCAACUACAUGAACAUAUUGUAGAACAAUAUUUGGAAUAUAAACGUUUUGUGGAAGAUAAUUUUGGAUUACAAGUCACAAGAUCUAUUCUACCAACGGGUGCAUCUAUUCAUAUGCAAGUUGUUGAAGAUAGAGAAAAGAAGAGUCAUUCUGGAGCUGGUAGCAUACUAGAUAUCAGUUCAACAUCAACUGGAACUCUCAAGUCUCGAGGAGUAUCAGCAGUACUGAAUAUGCUGUCCCCAGCAAGAAGGAAUAUUACAUCACAACCUCCUUCAAGUUCUUCACUAAACAAUGCGUGUGCUUUAGAGCUGCAGCCAACCUCAUCUCUGUUCGAGAAGCAGUUCUCAUUUUCAGGGCCAAUGAAACUUUCCAAAAUGAACCCAAAACUCAGUGGCGAAGGUAUUCGACUUCGAGCUUCUCUGUCUGUUGAGCUAGGUCCUCCACCCCUACCUCCUCGUCCUAACAAUAGUAAUUCUACUGAUGUUUAA